AUGGUAGUUCAGGCUCCCCAUGUGCCCUCCAUCGACACUGACCUCAGGGGGAUGGCCACAAUUGCUGAACAGUGGGAUCAUGAAGCAGAAGAACCUCAGCUCUCAGACUGGUUUAAUCCUAAAAAACGUCCUGAUGUAAUAACAACAACUGACUGGCUUGCUCCAGUCAUAUGGGAAGGAACUUACAACAGACAGGUGCUGGAAAAAUAUUACAAAAGGCUGAACAUUACCGUAGGCUUGGCUGUAUGUGCUACUGGAAAGUUUACAGCUCAGUACCUGGAAAAGUUCAUCCAAUCUGCUAAUAAGCACUUUAUGAUUGGCUACAAUGUUAUCUUUUACAUCAUGACUGAUGAUGUCACUAGGCUGCCUCGCAUAGAGUUAGGUCCCCUUCGUACAUUUAAACUAUUAGCUGUAUUCAAAGAGAAGGAGUGGAAAGACUUUAAUUUCAUACACAUGAAGAACUUAUAUAUGUACGUCAUAGAACACAUCCAGCAUGAAGUCGAUUUUCUCUUUAGUAUGACUGUAAACCACAUCUUCAAGAAUGAUUUUGGAGUGGAAACCCUGGGCACAUCUGUAGCUCAAAUUCAUGCAUGGUGGUAUUUUAAAAACGCUCACGAUUUCCCUUAUGAGAGAAGACCUGCAUCGGCAGCUUUCAUCCCUUUUGGAGAGGGAGAUUUCUAUUACCAUGCUGCAAUUUUCGGUGGCACUCCCGAGAAGAUUUUAACCUUCAUUGAAGGAUAUAGAAAGGGAGUUAGUGAUGACAGCAAAAAUGGACUUAGCAGCAUAUAUGAACAUCACCUAAACAAAUACUUUCUUAUCAAUAAACCCACUAAGUUGUUAUCACCAGAAUACAAUUGGGAUCCAAAUUUUAGAACUCCUCCGCAGAUUAAACUUGUUAAGGUAGCAUGGCUACAAAAAAAGAUUUGA